GCCUCCUGGGAGUGGUGGUUCGUCGGCGCCCCACGAGUGCUUUCCAGGCGGGCGGAGGAACUACAAUUCCCAGGGAGCUCCCGUAGCGGUCUGAGCAGAAGAGCGGUUGUUUCAGCUUCGGCCAAGGUCCGGGACUGAACCUGGAGAAUGCUGCUGGCGCCCCGGGAAGGGUCGUCCUCAAAGAAGAGGACGGGGCGGAAUCUCUGGAAACGGUUUACAAGGAAGCCGAGCCCCAAGCCUGCUUUUGACCCUGACAAUGUGGAACACUGGAUUAAGAGAGUGGAGAAAGCCUCAGAAUUUGGAGUUUCGAAAGCAUUUUCUGUUGGAAAUUCAGAUUUAUCCAGAAGGCUUUGGGGUCAAAUGAUAGAUUUGGAAACAUCUGAGCAAAUAGAGGAUCAUGAUGAAAUCUAUGCAGAAGCUCAGGAGCUGGUCAGUGACUGGUUAGACACCAAACUCAAGCAAGAACUAGCAAGUGAUGGGGAAGCUGAAGACACGGUGUCAAGUAUCCCUCCUGCCUUAGAAGCCAAUGGUCAUUUGAAGUAUGAAAAGUUUGAUGAUUUAUGUGGCUAUUUGGAGGAAGAAGAGGAAAGUACCACUGUUCAAAAAUUUAUAGACCAUCUGCUCCAUAAAGAUGUGGUGGAUUCUGGGAUGUUGGAAGAUCUUGAAAUGAAUGGAAAGAAGCAGCAGAAGGAUCCUCGCCUUACCAUGGAGAUAAGACAUAAGCAGGUAAAAGAAAAUCGUUUAAGACGGGAGAAAGAACUGGAGCGCCAGAGAAUUGAAAAGACCCUGAAAAAGUCAGCCUUCUUAGAAGCUCAGUGUCUGGUGCAAGAAGAGAAGAGAAGGAAGGCUCUAGAGGCCAAGAAAGAGGAGGAGGAGAUUCAGAGGGAGAUGGUGAAGCUGCGGAGGGAGAUAAUUGAGCGCAGGCGCACUGUGGAAGAGGCAUGGAAAAUAGAGAAGAGAAAGCAAGAAGAAAGUUCUCCAAAACAUCCAGAGAAAGGCAUGUUUCACAGUGUUCAUAUUCUCCGGGAGGAAGAAAAAGUGGAGAAAGAAAGAAAAAAGAAACUGAAAGAGUUAUUAAUCCAAACAUACAAGGAAAAUCACCAGUGUCAGAAACGCUAUUUCUCUGCCUGGCACAAGCUGAUUCUUGACCACAGGAUUAAGCUGGGGAAAGCUGGGUCCCUGUCCGACUGGAAGUUUCAACUGAAGGUCCUGAGGGCCUGGAGAGACUACACGAGAUCUCAGAGGCUGGAGCGGGAGACACAAGCCAUGGAGAAUGAGCUCAGGGAAGAAAACAGAAAACAACAACUGGCCACUGAGUAUAACCGGAAGCAAGUUCUCCGGCAGCACUUCACAGAAUGGCAGCACUGGCGUCGCGCAGAGGUCCUGAAGAGAGAGCUGGCUGUGACAAAGGGGGAAACAAGGAGGAAAAUGGAUGAGCUGUUGAAAGCAGCGGCACUGGGGAAGCUCAGCGCAGCCGCGUCAUCGGGCGUCAGUCUACUUGAGGAGGCAGCAGCCAUGGUGGAGCCACCUAAAGGAGAGGUGACUGCCAUUCCCCUUUUGUGGGAAAAGCCUCCCUCAGGGAGCAAUGGUUAUAUGCCUAGCUCCCACCUAGGAAGACCAUCAGAGAGCAUCUUGCAAGUUCCCCUCCAGAAUGUCCCUCUGAACACAUCUGACAAUAAGCUGCACAAGACCUUGGAUGUUGAGUCCUCCCAACAGCCUGACAGCAGUGAGAAGCUCAGAACCACCAGCCAGAAAGCAAAACCCACUUGCAUGGGUCAUUUCCACAACCGCCAUGUCUUCCAGCAACAGCUGAUUGAGAAGCAAAAGAGGAAACUUCAAGAACAGCACAAAACAAUUCUGGAGCUGAAGGAAAGCCAGAGGCUGGAGAAGGCCCAGUGGACAGCAGAGCGCAAUGCAUCUGUCACUGACACACAGAACCUGCCACUUUCAAACCCCAGAGAAGAAGAACCAAAAAGAACCUACCAGGUGCUUUCAAAUUCCCCUGUUGCUUCCCCUGGGACUACUGAAGGUAGUAAAAGCGACUCCCGAAAUGAUCUUUCUGGACCCAGAAGGAACCCAAAGAAGCUGAUGGCACCCCAUCCCAUACUUAAAGCCAUGGAAGAGAGAGCAGCUCAGCGAGCGGAACGUAGGCGGAUCUUGGCAGAGAAGAAGCAAAAACAAGAAGAGGAGAAAUUGGCCCAGUUAAAGGCUCAAGAGGAGGAACGUCAGAAGAGGGAGGCAGAAGAAAAGGAGGCUCAACUUGAGAAAAAACGAGAAGAGAAGAGACUGAAGAAAAUGAAAGAACUAGAGAAGCAGAAGAGAAUUAAGAGGAACCAGCAGCUGGAAGCAAUAGCCAAAGAUCAUUAUGAAAGGGUGUUGCUAAGGAAAAAAGGCCUAGAGCCUUGGAAGAGAUUGAGAAUGCAAAGCAAGCAAAACAUCCAGGUGGCCGAAGAACAUCACUCUUUGGCCCUACAGAGGAAGUGCAUGCUGACCUGGUUCCAGUGUAGUCAGGAGAGCCUGGCUAGGAAGACGGCCCAGGCUGAUCAAUGUUAUUCCCAGGCAUUGCUUAGGAGAGUCAUCCGGAGCUGGCUGCAGUACCAGACUGACCUGGAGGAAGAAGUACAAAAACUGUGUAUACAUUUUCUUCAAAGGAAGAUUUUCAGGGCCUGGUUUAACAUGGUCAGGGAGGCCCAGAUCGAUUCUCAGAGCAAGCACAGGACUGCAGUGGAGCAUAAUGACAGGAGGAUUCUCCGGGUCAUGUUGCAGACGUGGAAGGAGUUUGCAGAGUGUAUGAAAGAGGAGAGAGGAAGAGAAGAAAGGCGAGAGCAGCUCCGCAGGAAGGUAGCUGAGAUCCUUCCAGACUUCCAGGUGCUGGCUCCACCGUGACUCCCGCUUGUCGCUGCGGUCAGGUACCUGGCUUCUGUCAGGUAAGGGGCCGUGGUGUGCAGCGAACCAAGCCAGCGCCGUGCCUAGGAGGGGAAUGUCCGUGGUCCAUAAGAUGUGUUAUCGCCACCUGCCCACAUGUACCUGCCUCUACCUGGCUGCGUUCUGUCAGGUACUUCUUGGAUCAAAGGACUUAUUUUUGAGUUUGUACUUCCUCCUUUUAUUUCUCUUGGAUUGCUAAUCAGUUCACUAAAGCAUUUAUCACAGCAGGAUCAUCCACAGGAACUGUUCCUGUUCUACUGCUCAAAUGCAUCGUAUAUAUUUUUAGCAUCAUAAACUUUAAAAAGGACGUGUUUGCUUGUCUGAGCUUGUGGAGGAAAAUGUGUCCUUAUAGCUCAACGUGAUUUGUUGACAACUGUAACUUUAAUCAAAUAUAAAUUAAAAGUAGUGAGCACUUAGAAAAGGAGUCAUACGUGGCCAGGCAUCAGCAACAGGCAUUCUGCCAGACCCGUCCUUUUUGCCUGUCCCUAAUGGAAAACCACAGAAUCACAAGGUAUUCUUUGCAGCUGCUGUAAAGGGUAACAGCAUAUCCUAAUUUCAGAGAAAUUGGGGCACCAAAGAUACUUUUCUUUAGUGCACCUUGAUAAGCAGGACUGGAAGUCCAGCAAUUUGUUAAAAUGUCUGUUCAUACUCCCAGUUGCAGCUUCUAAAUAACACUUGAUCUGGCUCCUAGACCUCAGCUCAGUUUGAUCUAUACAUCAAGAUAUUUAUCUUGAAUUCAAAGAAUGUUUUAAUUUUAGGGUACUAAAGACUAUAAAGACGGUCCCUUCCAUGAACUGAAUUAUCUGCUAGAUAUUUUUUCAUUACAAAGCAUGUUUAUACAACAAAUUCUAGUAGUAGAUAAAUGCACAUAGUAAAAUGAGAAAGCCCCUUGCAGCCCUAAGGUAACUGUUGUUUGGUAAAUUGAAAAUAUUGAGCUGGUUAAGUGAAAUUCUUUGUGUUCAAUAAAUUCUGUUAUCGUGUCUUCUUCCUAGAAGGGACAUCUAGCUCGAGCCGUACCACCUGCAAGUGACUUCUGUACUUUUCUAUGGAAGAUGUGAUUUACUCAACUAUGACAAAACACCCUAAAUUGAACUUUAUUUCUUCUACAGUAUCUCUGUCCCCACAAUUACCUGAAAACUUUUUAAGACUAAUGGCCACUAAAUAAAAUGGGACUAGAAGUAA